AAGUUAUGAAGAAGUAACACUUGUUCUUUGUUUUGUCUGCUGGGAACAAAUGUUGGGAAGGUACAGUGAUGACGCAACCAGCCUGUGCGACAUCAAGGAACAGCUGGUGGAGGAAUUUGAUUUGCUGCUGCCCCUCAGCCACAGAUGAAGCACCCUGUUCAUGUUUCAGGAACAGCCGGUGUGGACUUUGCAAUUGCUGUCUGUCCUCAGAGUCAGCAGCUGGUGUGACAUCAAGGAACAACUGGUGGAGGAAUUUGAUUUGCUGCCGCCCCUCAGCCACAGAUGAAGGACCGACAUUGGUAUUUGAAAACUUGCCCCCAUCAAGAGGAUUUAUUCAGAUAGCCGAAGACAUUUACUUUCCUCCGCUGGAGACAACAGGAGGAUUGCUACCAUUUGAUGAUGUCUCUUACUCUUCUUGUCUAGAGAGAACAGGAGAAAUCACCUGUGAGAAGGUGCAACCUCUUUCCACUGCUCCCGUGGCAGAAGGAGCCACAGGAGGAGUAGAGGUGAACAUCAGAGAAGAUUCCACAGCAGGUCAAGGAAGAAAGGACAAAUGCAAGUUAUGUCCAACAGAGGAGGAUCCUCCACAAGAAAUGAACCCAGAGAUUUUCCAGGGCCCAGAUGGGAACCAGGAGACAUACAGGGUUCACCUCCCUGGGGCAGGCUCGUUCCGUUGCUCUGAAACUGAACUGGGAUUUGAAGUGAGGGCAGCCGUGACCGUCCAAUACAGAUACAACUCCUGGGAUCAGCAUCUGAGAGAAUGGAGCACUCCUGAAUGGUUGGUGAUUGGCCCUUUGUUCAACAUCCAGGCAGAACCGGCCACGGCCGUGGCAGCCGUUCACCUCCCACACGUCCUGUGCCUGGCAGGGGGACAGGCUGACAUUUCUCAGAUGCGAAUCGCCCAUUUCACUGAUGUGGGGAUGACCCUGGAGGAGCCAACGGGGGUGAGGCCGUUCCACGCUGUGCUGGAGAACCCCAGCUUCUCCCUGUAUGGAGUUAUUUUUAUCUGUUCUGGAUUCCUGUCUAUUCCAGUUCACUCCAUGAUGCUGAUCUACCAGGCACUCUGGGCUGCAGACACAACCCUUCACCUCUACCUGAUCCCCAAUGACGGCUCGCUAGAGAAGGCAAUCAGAAAACACGAGGAGAAGCACCAGUCAGUUUCUGUGGACAAAUCUCCUCAAACCAAUGGGCCCCUGUACUUUGGCACUGAUUAUACGGUGUGCUGCUCUCCAGAGGCAGAGAUAACACCCAAAAAACUGACAUUUUCCUAUACAAGUUGGGAGAAUCGGCAGCCCUUCAUUGAAGUCUUCAUCGAGGAAAUGAAGAGGAGUGUGCAGCUCAGCGUGACAGAGAGCUCAUCCGAUGAACCUCGCUGGGAGGCCACAUUGAGACCAAAAGAUGUUAAACGUGAUGCAUCGUCAGGAGAACACCACGCAGGAGGCAGCACAGGGAAGACAAUGAGAGAUCACCUCCUGGACACCCUGAAAAACCUCCGAAAGGGAGAGCUGAAGGAGUUCAAGAGCAAACUGACUGACAUUGAGCUGGAGGAGGGAUACGACCACAUACCGCGAGGCCACCUGGAGAGUACAGAGCCUGUGGAGAUCCUUGACCUGCUGGUCAAACAUUAUGGAAAUGAUUAUGCGGUGAAGGUGACCACGAUGGUGCUGGAAGCCAUCAACCAGAGAGCCCUGGCAGAGAGAUUGAGAAGUGCAGUGAGGUGUAGCCUAAAGGAUUAAUCUGCGUGCUUGCAUAGCUAUAUCUUUUCUUAUAAAUUGAAGUAUUUGAUGUAUUGUAAUAAGUUUACAGAUUAUUAAAAUAAGUUUGGCUGUAAUGCAAGAGAACUACAGGCCAAAAACCUGUAUGUUAAGCUAAGGAAAAAUUAGCAUAUCUAUAUUAAGACCUUUUACCCAGAAAGUAAAGUUGACCUACAUCUUGUUACCUAAAUAAAUAAG